CUGGAUAGGAAAGAGAGAGAGAGAGAGAGAGAGAGAGAGAGAGAGAGGGAUAGACAGCCGAUAAAGAAACGCACCAAGAGCAACCGAGGUAAAGCAAGGCUACAAGCAGAGAUAAAGAUAAGGUCUGGAUAUAAAUGCUUCAACCACUGGUUGGAGAAUAGCAACUGUAGCAAGUGACAGAAGGAUACAGAGAAAGGGGGAAGCAGAGAGAAGAUGGAUGUACAAAUGGAGAACAUGGACCCCUCGCCUUGUGAAUCCCAGUCGAGUGGAAAAAUCAGAAAAGGAUUCAAGCUGUUUGGCAAGCGCAAACCAGGUAACAUCUUUUCUAUUCGAAGUAAAGGAGAUGGAAACAACAAGUCACCUGUUAACAAGAGCAAAACCCAAGAUGGAUUAUCAGAGAGCGCUGCACCAGAAUCGGAGCACGAGCCAGACAAAGAGAAGGGACAGGAGGUGAGUCAAGGAGAGAUGGAGCAGGCAGAGGAAACGCUUGGUGAAGAUGGCGUUCUGGCUGCCUCCCAUGCUCGCACCUCCAUUUCUUCUGCCAGCUCAGCCAAAUCCCUCAGCUUCCUGUCGUUACUGAGGGGUGGUCGGAGAGGAGCAGGGGACCGCCGAGUCCACACCGUGUCCCAGCCAGUCGGUCGGCAACGUCGUGGCCUGAAGGGUCUCUUUGGCAAUGUUAAGUUCCGAUCAAAGGAUAAGGAGGACAAGGAGGAAGCACCUCCGAGCCCACUUCUCAUGUCGUCCCGUGCCAACAGUGUGGAAAUCAUCAAAGAGGACCUCACCCUCACUCCCAGACCCCAGCCUCGUUCGCUGGACAGCCCAGAGACUGAGAGCGGCGAGCCCAUCACGAGCUUAACAUCACAGGACAGUACAGCCACGACCCCAUCAGAGACUGUAACUCCUAAGAUGACGGCAGGCAGUGUGAGUAAAACUAACGAGCAUGUGCCACCUUUACUCGCUUCUGAACCACCCUUGGUGCCCGGCGAUACCAGCCUGAGCUGCUUGCUGGCAGACAUCUCCUCUCUCCUGACCUUUGAUUCAAUCACAGGGGGUGGAGACAUCAUGGCUGAUGUGGAGGCAGAGUGGGGGAAAGCCAGCAGUAGUAUCAGUGCUACUAUGACUGAAGUCAUGCCAUCAUCCACAUCUCUCUUCUCCAAGCCUACCAUCUCUUUACCGCUGACUUCUACCUUUGUCAGCAUUACUGCUACUCCUGUAGCCAUCCCUACAACAAGCUCAACAAAAUCCUUCACUCCUCCAACAAAGACAACUUCAGACUUUUCCACUUUCACUGCUCGCUCAGUCAAACUAAGCUCAGACUCUACUCCAGCCUCUGAGCCUUCUACCAGCAUUAAAAUUCAAUCAACUCCUCCAAAACCUUCAACUACUCCUCUAACGAUGACAAGCUUUUCGCCUGCAGUAAAGUCUUCUCCUUUGAUGACAAUUAAAUCCACACCAAGCUCCACCUUUGCUACUACCACAGCUCCUCUCAACACCCUGGUCACUACAGUCAAGACUCCCUCAAUUAAUCCAGCUCUUACCUCUACAGUUAGUAAAAUGCCAUCAGAGAUUGCAGCGCCUCCUCAAAUGAUUCCUUUAGUAAGUAAACCUAGUCCUGUAGCUACUCCACCUCCUGCACCAGCUAAACCUCCUCCAGUAACCCAUAGCCCUCCUACCCCUGUUGCUUUUACCCAACCUCCACCUGCUAAAUUGGAGCCAGAUAACAAUUUGAACCCGCAAACGUUCUCUUCAUACAAACCUUCCCAAAGUUCAGCUGCAAGAGAAUCUCAAGCCCCAGUAACAGUAUCACCAGCUUGUUCUGUUUCAACUAAGACUUCCUCUUCUGCAUUCGAUAUCCCCUCCAAAAUGACUACAAACUUGGAAUCUGUAGCCCUUUCCAAGUCUAUACUAACCCCUAGCCCAAUGGACUUAAAACAAACCCCUUCCUCCCUUGUAACUGUUUCACAUCCUUGUCCUUCGCCCACCCUGACUGCCACAUCGAAAAUCCAAACCAGCCCUGCACCUGUCCCAACUCCAUUGUCAAAUUCUUUAGAUAAGAUUCCUCCUACAACUAAACCCGCUCCUGCACCAGUCUCUUUAGAUAAGAUGCCGCCUGCUCCCACAACAGAUCCAACCCCUCCCAGUCAUGUUGUUCUUUCUCCAGCACCUCAUGCUCUGGGUCAGAUCCCAGCGUCUAAAGCCCCGAUUAUUGUAUCUAAAGAUCUGCCUGUUCCUGUUCAAGUACAAGAUUUUCAAUCUAAAGCUCCUUCUGCCCCUGCUCAGAUCCCAGUUUCUGUGUCAAAAGCUCCCCCCUCUCCUGCUCAGAUUCAAGUUUCUCAGUCUAAAGAGCCUCCUGCCCCUGCUCAGAUUCAAAUUUCUCAGUCUAAAGCUCCUCCUGCCCCUGCUCAGAUUCAAGUUUCUGUAUCUACUGACCCUCCUGCUCUUGCUGAGAUCCCAGUUUCUCAACCUAAAGCCCCUCUUGCACCUACCUCUGCCCUUGCCCCUUGCCCUGUCAGUUCUCUUCCUUCUACUCCUGCACCUUCGACAGGUGAGGCCUCUGCUGAAAUGAGAGGAAGCAGACAAGCAUCAGGCCAACUGGCUAGUCCGAGUAGCAUGGGUGACCAAGGGGCCCAAACAAUGUCAUCCAAAAUGGAUGAACGACAUAAUGAGUCAGGACUGAGCCACCAGGGCCCCUCCAGAGAAAGGAGGAUACCACAAGUAAAGGCAUCAGGACUUAGUAAAAUACCUGUGGUUGGAGGGGGCAGAGCAGGCAGGCUACCUGUCCGGGAAAGUCAACACGUUGAUGACGAAGCAAGCAGGGACCAAACUACACCUGUGCUAGAAGAAGAGAGGCGCCAUUUCAACUCACAUGAUGAAUGGAGCAAAGAUAAAAUCAAUGAUGUUGGGGUUAUUGUGCCCACCUCAAAACGCACCCAGGAGGAGAGUCAGCAGCUUCCCCAGAUGAAAGCCCUCACCAGUUUACCGCGUGACUCAAAGAUCCCUGUGAAGCACGGUGCACAGUCUCACACUGCCUCUCAAAUCCCUCAAGCUAAAGAACCCCCUCGCACCAAGAUACCCGUGUCCAAGGUUCCUGUCCGCAGGAUUGGUAACAAACCUGCAGCUGCAGGUGGCAGCGCCCAGAUAAGAAAAUAAAACAACGGACUGAAUCAAUUAACAAUACAGAAUAUGGCUUUGACUGCAACUUUUUUCCAAAACAUGGCCACCAUUUUUUAAUUCAUAUUUCUAUACUGUAAUUCUUGGCUUGCCUCUGUCAUCUCUUGGCAUCACUAUACCAUAAGCAACAAUAACAGAGUCAAGGAGGCUGACAGCACUCAAGCACAAAACAUCUCCACAGGGAGCCAAAGUACCAAGCCUGGCUCUGUGGUGCUGAGCCAACUGGACAUGCUCUCAGGAAAGGUUCAGGGUCACAUCUGAACACACAGCAGCAUAGGUAACUAAGGAAAAGCAAGAUUAAAGGUCUUCUGGGAACACCACACACACAACAUGGGCGAGUGCCUUUUUAAGGGUGCUUUUCCUACAGACUUUCAGAAUUUGUUCAAUCUUUUCUACAGUACUUUUAACUUUUGUUACCUCCACUUUUUGUAGGCACCGUCAGAUCUUUUUGUCUUUCUUUCCAGCGAGUAUCUUUGAUAAUAAGCAGUCUCUUUACGGUUUUAUUUAUGUCAGGAGAAGAACAUCAGGAGCUCUAUAAAUGAAUGCAAAACAACCAAAUUUACAUUCCACACCUAUUUCUGGAUGUAUGUAGCAGAAAAUGUGCCAUUAAUUUUUGCACAAGAUGUUGAACUGUACGGCAUCUCUGUGUCUGCCUGCUUAUAUGUAACAUGAUCUGAUCUCACUGUGAACUAUGGGACAGACUGGUUUUGAGGAAGGACAAAAAAACAACAAAACAAAAAAAACACUCCUUCCACCGGACAGUGGACUGAAGCCAUUAUGAAUGGCACCGUGGACAUUAGAGUGAGACAGAGAAGAUACUGAGAUGAGAUCUCCAGCUCGUACACUGGCACAUCCUUAUUCUUACCCUACUUAUACCCAGAUGAGAACAAUAUCUAUGUGUAUAGUCUCAUCUAUGUUGUUCUGUUUCCUAUUUAAUCAAUAAAACAAUAUGAGUACUUAGCAAGACGAGAUCUGUUAAAGCUGUGAGUCAUAUCCUGUUUCUGAUAUUGUGACAUUUUAGAUUUUCGCUGACAGUGGCUCAGCGUAUUACUACAGCCGGGAUUCAGUGUCCUCAAAGGAACAUGAUUCCGACAACAUCCAUGCUCAAAGCUCACUGACCUGAAUAGCAAGCACAUGAAUGUCAGCAGAGCCCGGCCAAUCAGCCGCGAGUGAAAACGCUUGCAUGCAUACCUUAUUAUCAGGAAAAGGGUUAGGGAAUGUGUCAUUGCUAUUCUUAGUGUCAAAUACAGCCGAUGCAUUCACUGAAUAAUGCCUCUCAGGCUGAGUGGAUCAUUUGAUUUGAACCCGAACUAAAUGCAGAUAAUUAUUUGAAGGCUUUAAAGAGUAUCUAAAUAUUGCAUAAAGGCAGAAAAUUCAGGGGGGGAAAAAUAUUUAAAAGCAACUAACAGCUUCUAGUAGUUUAAGCAAAACCUAAGGUUAAGGAUAGGAAGCUGAUCUGAGUCAUGGGGUAAUGUUAAGAGGAGUCUGGUGUUAGGAAUAAGAAGUUAAGGACAGAGGCUUAUUUUUAUUUAUUUAUUUUUUUACAAAUAAAGCAUUGCAGAGAUGACACAAAAGACCUCUGUUUACUUUAGGAGUCCGGGGGCUGCAAGCUAAGAAGAGAGGACCAACGUUCGCCAGAGAAAAACACGAGGAUUUCAGCACAUCAGGUGCAGAGGGUAAAACUAUCUCCCUGGGAAAAGAAUAGUUUCCCCCCGAGGCUCUGACACAACCCAGGUUUGCUUCUCGGCAACGCCUGCAAUUUGGAAAUAAAGCGUUUUAAAAUGGGUUUAAACAGCACGUAGUUUUAUAAUCAGGCCGGUUAGAGCAGUGAUCAUGCUGGUUUGGACCCACAUCACAGCACAGUGUGAUAAAUUACAUGACAUAAAACUGCUGGUGUGUUUCCUGCGGUUUCAAAGAGGAAACAGAAACAUAAACAUUCAGUGAAUGCUGCCUUUUGUCAUCAUCCAUUCACAUGAUGUUCCCAGUAACGUGGCUUUCAUGCUUAUACUGUAAGUGAUAGCGACAGCCUUGAGUGAAGUACAACAAGAGAGCCCGUUAGAAUAAACGUUUGAGCUAUAUCGCCUGAUCUAUCUCAAAUGUAUCUGUUUCAAAGCUGUUUGUGUGUCAUUAAAGCUAGCCCUUAUGUAGCCCCAAAUGUAUAAUACAGUACCCAUAAUGACUGCUGAGGCCACCGUAGAUUUCUAUGUUCUAUAUGUGUUUUGUCUGCUUCUGCCUCUGCAGAGAUAGUGUGCCUCUUAAG